AUGCAUCCGUUAUCGCCCGCCAGAUUGGAUGUCCUGAGGACAACUAGGUCACUUUACGAUCGAGCGUCCUACACUCUUCCUAGCCUUGGAGUCAUAUCCUCUGAUUCAAUGACGCCGAGUGAAAGCGGUGCAAGCGAUAUGGAUUUCUACGACGGAACCGACGAAACUGACUUGAGCUCUAUGGAGCAUCAUGAUCCUCCAGACUCUUCGCGAUCAUGUUGUUCUGCCUCAUCGCUUGGAUCUGAUUUCAACUAUAUUGACAAGACAAAAUUUCCAAAGCCGCCAUCCCUUGUCGACACAAUCCAAAAAGGGGCUUCUAAUGUUUUUGUGACUUCUGAGCAAGCCAUUGUGUCUUCAAAACGGUGGCAGUUUGAAGAGAACCAAGGUGACGAAAUGUUCGGGAUAGACAGGCAGCAUCCACGGCGUCAAGACUCUUUAGCUCACGCAAACUCAUGGCUCCAACGUCGCAAUAUUUAUCUUUACAACGAGGACCUUGCGGACUUCAGGAAUUUGCUACAGAAGCAUCUAACAUCAAUUGACUCGUUGAUUGUUUCGACGAGCGAAAUGCAAGCUGCAAGAUACGUUCCCAAAAGAAUCUAUCGCUAUGGUGAUGAUGAAGAAGCGAGAGCGAUCGACCUACAAGAGCGCGUUCGGAGGCUGAAAGCAGGCGGUUGGAGCAGAGAACGAUUCGACCCGUCCAGAUACGAACAGCUUUGCGAGGACGCGCUGGUCGAGCUUUAA